AACAUCCUCUACUGGGAGACAUAUUCCACUUUCCUGCUUGUACUCAGGAGGACAGAAAAUGAAGAGCUGUUGGGGAGUUCUCCUUCUGGCCAGCCUGGUCACUGCUGCCCCUCUGAGCCCCCCGAGGACCUUCCAAGAGGCACUUUCUCAGGCUGUUGACAUCUAUAACCAGGGUCCCAAGAUCCAAAAUGCCUUUCGCCUUCUGGAGGCAGCACCGCAGCCUGGACUGAAUUCAAGCUCCGGAUAUCUUCAGCAGCUGAACUUCACCAUUCAAGAGACAGUGUGCCCGACGUCAGAAAAAGUGAAUGCUGAGCAAUGUGACUUCAAACCUAACGGGCUGGUGAGAGAUUGUUCUGGGUACUUCUCAGUCCAGCAGGCCAAUUCUGUUAUCGUUAUCACAUGUGAUGCUGCGGUUCGAGAGCCUGUCCGCGUCACCAGAUUCCGGGGACUUGGUAUACUCCUGAGAGGAAUUGGAAAAGGACUUGGGAGAUUAUGGGGCUCCAACAAUCAGUAACUGCAAAAGAAGUUUGGGAGGCGUCAAGAAGAGUGAUCCUGAAGACUCAUGAAGUGUGUGAUAAGAAAGCAAGCCUUAGAAACGUCUCCUUUGUCGAUCUUGAUUUUGCUUAUGCAAUUGUUGCCUCCCGAAAUUCAGCUGUAUCUGCG